AUGCGCAGCGUCGAUGAAGGCAUGCAGAUCGGCCUCGCUGCCGAGAUGCGGGUCGACCGUGGUGAAGUCGGUGAUCCAAUAGCCGUGAUGCCGCUGGGCAUCUCUAUGGCCCUUGGCACCCUGGACGGGCUUGUUUUUGAAGAUUGGCCCCAACCAGAUCGCCGUCGCCGCCAUGGUAGAAGCCCCUUGUGCGUCGGAUCGAAGCCGGUGAUCAGCGGGCCGCCCUUUCAGGCCGCCGCGAUCAUUGGCGGUGUCGCCAUUCUCGAACCGGUCGGGCAGGACGAAGCCAGAUCACCUCGUCCUGCGGCAGGCGCUGGCGAUAAUCCUGUGGCGAGCGGGCGGCGGUCGCGAGGAGGGCGAGCAGCAGCUUCUUCAUGGGGUAACCCUUUGGGCAGGCGCGGCGCAAUGCGCGGCGAGGAAGGCGUCGUGCGUCGGCAGCCGGCUGGCCACCUGUGCGGCGUGACGCAUGGGUGA